GAUACCAGAGCAGUGGGGCGCCGAGGGCCCGAGCACUCUGGGCCCAGCGCAGCGAGGGCGCCAAGGCCGCCGGUCGGCGCUCUCCGCCAUCUCUUGCCGCCGCGCCCCCGGGCUGGCGCUGUUCACCCGGCCAAAGAGAAGAUUUGAAACAAAUCUGUGUUCAUGAAGAGUGACUGCAUACAAACCACAAUAUGUCAAGAAAGAAAAAAAGAUCCAAUAGAAAUGUUUCAUUCUGGGCAGCUUGUAAAAGUCUGUGCCCCUAUGGUUCGAUAUUCAAAGUUGGCUUUCAGAACACUAGUAAGAAAAUACAGUUGUGAUCUGUGUUAUACACCAAUGAUAGUUGCUGCUGAUUUUGUCAGAUCUAUAAAAGCCAGAGACAGUGAAUUUACCACAAACCAAGGUGAUUGCCCAUUGAUUGUUCAAUUUGCUGCUAAUGAUGCAAGAAUUUUAUCUGAUGCUGCUCGUAUAGUCUGUCCUUAUGCGAAUGGAAUAGACAUUAACUGUGGUUGUCCUCAGAGGUGGGCAAUGGCAGAAGGUUAUGGGGCUUGCUUAAUAAACAAGCCAGAGCUUGUUCGAGAUAUGGUGAAACAAGUAAGAAAUGAAGUGGAAAACCCCAGAUUUUCAGUUUCUGUUAAAAUAAGGAUCCAUGAUGACCUUCCAAGAACUAUAGAUCUUUGUCGAAAGGCUGAAGCAACAGGAGUUUCCUGGAUUACAGUCCAUGGAAGAACUGUUGAAGAAAGACAUCAGCCAGUGCACUAUGAUGCCAUUAAAAUAAUUAAGGAGAAUAUGUCUAUACCUGUAAUUGCUAAUGGAGACAUCAGAAGCUUAAAGGAAGCAGAAAAUGUGUGGCAGAUUACUAGGACAGAUGGUGUGAUGGUUGCAAGAGGACUCUUAGCGAACCCUGCCCUGUUUGCUGGAUAUGAGGAAACCCCACUGAAAUGCAUCUGGGACUGGGUUGACAUUGCUCUUGAACUUGGAACUCCGUACAUGUGUUUCCAUCAACAUUUAAUGUACAUGAUGGAAAAGAUAACUUCAAGACAGGAAAAAAGAAUAUUUAAUGCUCUGUCAAGCACAUCAGCAGUCUUAGAUUACCUUACAGAGCAUUAUGGCAUUUAACUGGACUUCCUAAAUUAUUUUAAUAUAUGCUUUAUUUUAUACCUACAAUGAAACUAGAGGUGGUCAUAUCUUGGUUUUUACUUUAAAUCGGUGGCUUUUAAACUUUAGUAUAAAAACAGUCCCUGGGAACAUUUUUUAAAAAUCCGUCCUAAACCCCAUCCUCAGAGAUAGUUUUAAAGAAGACUCCACGUGGUCCAAAUAUCCUUGUUAU